AUGGCGGAUAAGAAGCUCGAUCAGCAGCCAAAGGGCUCGUUUUUCUGGAAGGGCCAGGCCGAGACCCUGCUGGAAUUCAGCGCCACCCAAGGACGCGUCCUGCAGCUGCUCGAAGUGGCGGACACCUACUUCGGACAGUCCGACCAGAAUUUCGGCUUCCAAUGGACCCACACUGGGGAGAGGCCUUAUGUCUGCGAGCAAUGUGGGAAAAGCUUCAAGACUUGCUCAGCGUUGUGUAGGCAUAGAUGGACCCACACCGGGGAGAGGCGGUAUGACUGCGAGCAGUGUGGGAAAAGCUUUAGUACUCGCUCGGACCUGUGUAAUCACAGCCGGACCCACACCGGGGAGAGGCCGUAUGACUGCGAGCAGUGUGGGAAAAGCUUCAGAACUAGCUCAAACCUGCAUGCGCACAGCCUGACCCACACCGGGGAGAGGCCGUAUGACUGCAAGCAGUGUGGGAAUAGCUUUAGGACUCACUCAUGUCUACUUCGGCACAUUUGGACCCACACCGGGGAGAGACCUUAUGAGUGCAAGCAGUGUGGGAAAAGCUUCAGCACUAGCUCGAAGCUGCAUGAGCAUAGCCGGACCCACACUGGGGAGAGGCCGUAUGACUGCAAGCAGUGUGGGAAUAGCUUCAGGACUCGCUAUUGUCUACUUCGGCACAUUCGGACCCACACCGCGGAGAGACCGUAUGAGUGCAAGCAGUGUGGGAAAAGCUUCAUUUCCAGCUCAAACCUGCGUGAUCACAGCCGGACCCACAGUGGGGAGAGGCCGUAUGACUGCGAGCAGUGUGGGAAAAGCUUCAGUACUUGCUCGGGCUUGCGUAUUCACAGCCGGACCCACAGCGGGGAGAGGCCGUAUGACUGCGAGCAUUGUGGGAAAAGCUUCAGCACUACCUCAAACCUGCGUAAGCACAGCCGGACCCACACUGUGGAGAGGCCUAUGACUGCGAACAGUGUGGGAAAAACUUCUGCACUAGCACAGUGUUGCGUAGGCACAGAUGGACCCACACUGGACCCUUACGUCUGCUCGGAGUGCGGGAAGGCGUUCCGGGACAGCGGCACAAGGACCAAGCACAUGCUUAUCCACAGCAAGGCCUAUGGCUGUUGCUCCUACUUCAGAGGCCAUCUGCAGACUCACCAGACGACCGUGCCCCUCACCUGCGAGGAGUGUGGCAUGAUCUUCAGCCACCCCCAGCACCUCUGCCGGCACGUCAGGAGGCAUUUUGAGGAGCAACCAUUUGUGUGCCACUGA